AUGAAGAGCACACCACUGAUCAUCAACUGGCACGACUCCACCAGCCCCGUCUACUCGGCACAUUUCGAGCCUCACGGCAAGGGCCGCCUGGCUACCGGUGGUGGUGACAACAAUGUCCGAAUAUGGAAGGUAGAGGGCGAGGGAGAGGACCGUAAAGUGGACUACCUCUCGACUCUUAGCAAACAUACCCAGGCCGUCAAUGUUGUGCGAUGGGCUCCCAAGGGUGAGUUCCAGCUGGCAACCAUCGCUGAGAUCGUUGGCUCCAAUCAGCUGUAUCUUUCUUUCCAAGCAGCCAAGGCAUUGCUGACCUUCUUCUUCCUCCUCCUAGGUGAAGUCCUCGCAUCCGGCGGCGACGAUGGCAAUGUCAUCCUCUGGGUCCCAGCCGACAGCAACCAUACCACGUUGGGCAACGAGGAUCUGGGCGACAAGGAGACAUGGCGGGCGAAACACAUGUGUCGGUCAUCAGGCGCAGAAAUUUACGAUCUGGCUUGGUCUCCCGACGCCACGUACUUUAUAAUCGGCAGCAUGGACAACGUUGCCCGUAUCUAUAAUGCAGGCACUGGGUCCUUGGUCCGCCAGAUCGCCGAGCACAGUCACUACGUCCAGGGCGUCGCCUGGGACCCGCUGAACGAGUACAUUGCUACACAGUCUUCCGAUCGCUCAGUUCACAUAUACUCGCUGAAGACCAAGGAUGGCCAAUACACCCUUGACAGACACGACGAGAAGACCACCAAGAUUGCCAGCCACGCCAAAAUGGAUCUCCCGGCGCGGCGCAUCUCUUCGAGCAGUCCUGCGCCGCCAGACUUGGGCCACCGAGCUCUGCUAGCUUCCACCGAGGCCACAGGCGCUGCCGUCGGCUCGCCCGUACCAUCAGCUCCUGGGACGCCAACCUCAGGUCCGCUACCUAUGAACCCACCAAGUGUUGUAAGCCACAGCAGACGAUCGUCCUUCUCGUCCAGAAGAUCCGUCUCACCGGCGCCGUCCCUGCCAUUACCAGCGGUCAUGCCCAUGGAACCAUCGCCCAAACCCAACAUGGGCGUCAAGAACGCGAAUCUCUACGCCAACGAGACACUGACGUCCUUCUUCCGGCGCUUAACCUUCACGCCGGACGGCAGUCUGCUGAUGACGCCGGCUGGCCAAUAUCAGAUUCAGCACUCGACCGAAGGCUCGCGAAAUACCUAUGAGGUGAUCAACACCGUCUACAUAUACACACGGGGCGGCAUCAACAAGCCACCGAUGGCGCAUUUGCCCGGCCACAAGAAGCCGUCGAUCGCCGUCAAGUGUUCCCCUGUCAUCUACACCCUCAGACAGUCCCCGCCCACCACGACACACAUCACAAUCGAUACCUCCUCGGCCGAGGAACCUAUCGCACCCCUCCCGGAGCCUAUAUCUAAGCCGUCGCCUGCACCCUCUGUAAUGGAUCCGCCGCCGCCACCACCAGCGUCUACGACCGCCCCCGAGGGGGACAAGGCAAGCACGCCAUCUAAACCUUCGAAUGUCGAGACAGGAGCGGCGGCGCCUGGUCCAAAGCCAACGUUCGCGUUGCCAUACCGGAUGAUAUAUGCCGUUGCAACUCAAGACACAGUCCUGCUCUACGAUACUCAGCAAAUGACGCCCAUAUGCGUAGUCAGUAACUUGCAUCUUACGACCUUUACUGACCUUGCUUGGUCGAGUGAUGGCCUGACCCUCUUGAUAUCAUCGUUCGAUGGCUUUUGUUCUACCAUCUCCUUCAGCCCGGGUGAGCUGGGACAGGUGUACACCGGUGAGCUCUCGACUGCCAAACAGCCCUCGUCUGCUGCUACGGGAACAUCAUCAAACCAACCAACACCCACGCCAACACCAACAUCGUUCGCGCCUCCUUCUCCGUUCCAUGGCGCUGUGCACCAGCACCGUAACUCCACAAGCUCGUUCACGGCUCCAUCGCCUCCUGCCACGACGACGGCCUCGUUCGUCAGCCUGCGGCCGUCAUCUCCGGCGCGUUCCAACAGCACUUCUUCCGUCGCAACCCAGGCUUCGGCAGCCGUCAUGACGAACCCUCCUCUUAUCGGGGGCACGGUUCCCAGCAUUGCUGCCGCUAACUCUGGCAAGGUUACGGGAGUGCCCAUCACAACGCCGCCGGAGACCCCCAGGAGCGGCAACGCGGUGGCUGCUGGUGUGAAGCGAGAGGCCAGCGAGAGCGAGAAGGACGAGGCAUCCACAAACAACCAGCAGCCGAAGAAGCGCCGCAUAGCACCGACGCUCGUCAGCGAGCCCAAAACAUGA